CGACAGACCAAAUUGGCCUCGUAUUAAGUUGUACAUUCCAACAUAGAGGAUGAAACAUUGCUUGUGGAUGGACUGAAUAUCACUUGCACCUAUGAGCCUCAUACACAGGAGUCUGGUGCUGCGACGACACCGGCCUGAGAUGCGUUUCAUCCACCAGUUCGAGCAGCCUCCAGCGGUGGACUAAAAGAAGCUCUUCAGCGACCGGUAUGUCUGUUUCCAUAUUCUUUUCCUGACCGUUCAUUUUUCUCUACAUCAUGAUAUCAAUACUGUCUCUUUGUAUCUCUCUUGGAUCACUUUCGCUUGUCCUCGCCGGUCCGACAACUUGCAAGCUCCCAUCUCCUUCUAUCUUCAACACAUCAGACAUCCCACUAUGGCAGGUCGGGAAAGAUAUCUGCCAAGGACCACCAGAUGUAUACUUCAUUAAACACAGUAAAGGGAAAGGUCUCGGCCUCUUCGCAGCCCACGAUCUCGAAGUUGGCGAUGCUGUGAUGCGGGAACCUCCCAUUCUGAAAAUCCGCCCACCCGAAUCGAUUAAAGGAGCCGGCUACCCAAUGGCUGCAAUAACAAAGCUCGUUCGAACGGAAUUCAACAAUCUAUCCUCAGACGCACAAGCGGCAAUCAUGGGCCUGACAUACCACGCCACCCCAACAGAGAAAGAGAACUUCGACAAAUUGGGCAUUAUAUUUCGAACAAACGCCUACAACACAGGCAACGAGAUCGGCCUCUUCCCCAAAAUCGCGCGCAUCAACCAUUCCUGUCGCCCAAACACGAGCUACUACUGGAGCGAGAAGCUCAACAAACGCAUCGUCUACGCAACUCGCCCGAUCAAAGCUGGUGAAGAGUUCUCCGUAUCCUACAUCCCCCUUCUCCUCACCUGGGAGGAGCGCCAAAAGCGUCUGAAUCGAUACGGAUUUACAUGUACGUGCGAGGCCUGCGCGCAGGAACAAGUCGCGAUGCAAGCUAGUGAUACACGCCGUCUCACCAUCAAUAAAGCGUUUGUGACGUUUGAACAUCAACUCCAUCUCACUCCGCCGAAAUCUCGGACUGAAAAGGAGCAAGCCGUAAAGAAUGCUAAAGCCAGUAUACAGCUUGCAGAGCUCGUGCAGCAAGAAGGUCUUGCGGAUUACUAUGCAAAGGCGUAUAGGAUUGUGGCGAUCAGCCAUGCGAGGGUAGAAGACUGGGAGCCGGCGGCGGUGUGGGCAAACAGAGGAUAUGAAUUGAAGUUUAUGGAGGAUCCAGAGAGUGUGCAUACAGCAGAAAUGCACCAUCUGACCAGUAAUUUUAUUGCAAGUUGGGAAAGUGAGCUGAACAGGACUCAUCGUCAUCAUCAUCGUUGAGGCUUGAGGGAUCGUGAAUUCAUCAUCUCCCGACUCACUGCUGAGCAUGCCGUUGUUAAUCAUUGUUUUAUAUUCUUCAUAGAGGAUACAACUAAAAGUCAUAGUGCUGCGAAUCCAGAAUUCAAACAAAGAUUUAAACACACUCAAGGUAUCGAUGAUCUACUUCUAAACCCAACACCCUGCCCAUGAACGCCAGGUCAUUCCAACACAUGUCACCCGUCAUUCGGUCGUCACAAAUCGUCCACAGCCAUACCGCCAGAACAAAAGCUAGAUCUUGUAGACAAUCCCACCACUAUACAUGAUCUUGUUCCUUUCGCUAAGCGCCUCAAGUGCCUUCUCUGCCUCCUCUUCCC